CCCAAUGUACGCCCCCGGCGAUCUCGCCCCCCGGGGUGCAAGCCACCCCCGCGAACUGCCGUAGCAGCCGUGAGCCUUGGCGUCCCGGCCCGCCCGCUCUCGCCCUCAGCUCGAGCGCCACUCUUCCGGCGUGCUCUGAUGGACAGACCCCCCCUUUCGGAUCCGAGUUUCUGCCUCUGUCCCCCAGUUUUCCCUUGUCUCCAACUCCCGUGCUCUUUGAUCCUGCCUCUCUGCUGGUUCCUGGCUGUCGACGCUCGCGCCGGCCUAGGCUCGGGCAGAAUCCCGAGCGACCCAGGUUGGGGUGGGGCUGCCAGUGAAGGUGCGGCGAUGCCCGCGAGGGCUCCUCUGGGGGCCGCUCGGAAGCGCCGUCUCUCUGCUGCGGUGCCUAGCGAGCUAGCCACCCAGGAAAACACCAUGAAAGAUACCGAUAUCAAAAGACUACUGUAUACCCAUCUUUUAUGCAUAUUUUCAAUUAUCCUAAGUGUCUUCAUUCCAUCACUGUGCUUGGAGAACUUCUCAUUAUUGGAAACACACUUGACAUGGUUGUGCACCUGUUCUGGUUUUGUAACUGCUGUCAAUCUAGUACUAUAUUUAGUAGUGAAACCAAAUGCAUCCUCUAAAAGAAGUUCAUUAUCACACAAGCUCUCUGAUAUCAAUCAACAUUUAACGGCAGGUCCAUACAUUACCAUGGUAACCAGAUUUUUGAAGUGCUGUAUCUACUUUCUUAUGUCUUGUUUCUCCUUUCAUGUAAUUUUUGUUCUAUAUGGAGCACCACUAAUAGAGUUGGCAUUGGAAACAUUUUUAUUUGCAGUUAUUUUGUCUACUUUUACUACCGUACCUUGCUUAUGUUUGUUAGGACCAAAUCUCAAAGCAUGGCUAAGAGUUUUCAGUAGAAAUGGUUUGAAAUUUUUAAACAGUGAAAUAGAUUGAAAUCUACUUCGGAGAGAUCCAAGAUGGCCAAUCAGCAGCAGCUCAGGAUUGUAGCUCCCAGUGAAAGCGCAGAGAGUGAGUGGAUGCCACACUUCCAGACGAAUUUUUGUUGCCCACGGACCAGGAGAUUCCCAGCGGAGGACCCCACGGGUCACCAGUGCAACUCUUGUGGCCGGUGCGGCUGUUCUCAGUACGGAGUAUAUGGGACUGGGUGCCCCUUUAGUUGGUGUUUGGGGCUCCAUUCAGCUGAUUGAAAUCACCCAUUCAGCUGAUUGAAACAGGGACUGAAGUGGGGAGCCAGACCGGGAGAUCCUGGGCAGGAAAGUGCCACGAAUCUCAACGCUGCUGUUUCAGCCGGUGCAAUGGGUUGCUGCAGGGGAAAUUACACAGAUUCCGGCGGCUUUACAGCGGGCAACUGGAACACCUGGGAGAGAGUCGAUUGUUCUACUUAAAAAAAAAAAAAAAAAAAAGAAGAGGCUCUGAGACAGGGAGCCAGGUGAUUGAGCUCGGCUGGUUCCACCCCCACAAAAAGCAACAGUUGGAAGCGCUGAAGAUUGAGUUUCACAGCAAGCACAGCUGAACCCAGGAAGGUCCAGCUCUGUGGGGAAGGGGCGUCCGCCAAAGGAAAACUAAGAAACAGAAAAAACUUCUUCACCAGCAAGCUGGACAUCCACUCAGAGACCCAAUUUGAAAGUCAGCAAUUACAAAGACUACAAGUGGGUAAAUCCACAAAGAUGGGAAGAAACCAGUGCAAAAAGGCUGAAAAGACCUGAAAUCAGAAUAUCUCUCCUCCUACAGGGGAUUGCAGCUCCUCAUGAGCAGUGGAACAAGGCCUGAUGGAGAAUGAGUGUGAUGAAUUGUCAGAAUCAGGCUUCAGAAGGUGGAUAAUAAGAAACUUCUGUGAGCUAAAAGAACAUGUUCUAACCCAAUGCAAAGAAACUAAGAACCUUGAGAAAAGGUUUGAUGAAAUGCUAACAAGAAUAGACAAUUUAGAGAGGAAUAUAAGUGAAUUAAUAGAGCUGGAAAACACAAUAUGAGAACUUUGCGAAGUAUGCACAAAUUUUAACAGUCGAAUUGAUCAAGCAGAAGAAAGGAUGUUAGAGGUCGAAGACCAACUUAAUGAAAUAAAACGAGAAGACAAGAUUAGAGGGAAAAGGCUAAAAAGGAAUGAGCAAAGUCUCCAAGAAAUGUGGGACUAUGUGAAGAGACCUAAUCUACAUUUGAUAGGUGUACCUGAAUGUGACGAAGAGAAUUAAUUCAAGCUGGAAAAUACUCUUCAGGAUAUUAUUCAGGAAAACUUUCCCAACCUAGCAAGGCAGGACAAUACUCAACUCCAGGUAAUACAGAGAACACCACAAAGAUAUUCCUCAAGAAGAGCAACCCCAAGACACAUAAUCAUUAGUUGAAAUGAAGGGGAAAAUACUAAGGGCAGCCAGAGAAAAAGGUCAGGUUACCCACAAAGGGAAGCCUAUCAGACUCAGAGCAGAUCUCUCAGCAGAAACCCUACAAGCCAGAAGAGAGUGGGGACCAAUAUUCUGCAUCCUUAAAGAAAAGAACUCUCUACCCAGAAUUUUAUAUCCAGCCAUACUAAGCUUCAUAAGUGAAGGAAAAAUAAAAUUUUUUGUGAACAGGCAAGUACUCAGAGAUUUUAUCACCACCGGGCCUGCUUUACAAGAGCUUCUGAAAGAAGCAUUACACAUAGAAAAGAACAACUAGUAUCAGCCAUUCCAAAAACAUACCAAAAGGUAAAGAGCAUCACCGUAAUGAAGAAUUUACAUCAACUAAUGGGCAAAACAGCUAACUGGCAUUAAAUGGCAGUAUUAAACUCAUAUAUAUCAAUAUCAAUCCCAAAUUUAAACGGACUAAAUGCCCCAAUCAAAAGACACAGACAGGCAAAUUGGAUAAAAAGCCAAAACCCAUAGGUAUGCUGCAUCCAGACCCAUCUCACGUGCAAGGAUACACAAAGACUCAAAGGGAUGGAGGAAGAUUUACUAACCAAAUGGAGAGCAAAAAAAAAAAGCAGGGUUUGCAAUUCUUGUCUUUGAUAAAAUAGACUUUAAAGCAACAAAGAUCAAAAGAGACAAAGAAGGACAUUACAUAAUGGUAAAAGGAUCAAUGCAACAAGAAGAGCUAAUGAUCCUAAAUAUAUACGUACCCAAUACAGGAGCACCCAGAUACAUAAGGCAAGUUCUUAAUGACUUACAAAGAGACUUAGCCUCUCAAAUAAUAGUAGUGGGAGACUUUAACACUACAUUGUCAAUAUUAGACAGAUCAACGAGACAGAAAAUUAACAAGGAUAUCCAGGACUUGAACUCAGACCUGGAAUAAGUAAACUUAAUUAACAGAACUCUCCACCCCAAAUCCACAAAACAUACAUUUAUCUCAGUAUCACAUCACACCUAUUCUAAAAGUGACCAUAAAAUUGGAAAUAAAUCACUCCUCAGCAAUUGCAUAGCAUUUCACAGGUUUAAAUGAAAUAUUGGUUGGCUGCUUGUUUGUUAUUUUCUUCCCUUAUUCCUUCCUGUCUCCAUUGUUAAGCACAUUUAUUGGCAUAAAAGAGGUUUUUAAUACCCAUUUUUAGACUGCAUUCUAGCCUGGGCAAUAGAGCAAGAUUCCUGUUCUCUCUCCCUCUUUCUCUUCCUCUUUCUCUCUUUUGUUCUUUUUCUUUCUUUCUCUUUUCUUCUUUUCUUUAUUUUUCUUCCUUUCUUUCUUUUUUCUCUUUCUUAAAUUAAAAAUAAAAAUACUCCACUAGACUCUAUUAACUUCCACUGUUUUUUGGGUGGGGUGGAGCAGGGAAGCUCAAAAACCAAAAAAAAAAAAAAAAAAAUGAGUUGCAAUUGUAUUAGUUUGGAUUAGUGAUUUCUCUAAUUUUCUCUUCCUCCCUCCCUCCCUCCCUCCCUCCCUCCCUCCCUCCCUCCCUCCCUCCUUCCUUCCUUCCUUCCUUCCUUCCCUUUCUUUCUUGGAAUUUCAUUCUUGUUACCCAGGCUGGAGUGCAAUGGUGCGAUCUUGGCUCACCGCAACCUCUGCCUCCUGGAUUCAGGCAAUUCUCCUGCCUCAGCCUCCUGAGUAGGUGGGAUUACAGGCACGUGCCAGCAUGCCCAGCUAAUUUUUUGUAUUUUUUUAGUAGAGACGGGGUUUCACCAUGUUGACCAGGAUGGUCUCGAUCUCUUGACCUCGUGAUCCACCCGCCUUGGCCUCCCAAAGUGCUGGGAUUACAGGCAUGAGCCACUGCGCCUGGCUCCAAUUUCUCUCUCUCUCUCUCUCUCUCUCGCUCUCUCUCGCUCUCUCGCUCUCGCCUCCCUGAGAUAUAAAAUAUCAAAUUUAGGCCAGUUGAUAACACUACUAUUAGGGUUAUUACUAUUUAGGCCCUUAAGUGUUCAAGUGAAACAAAAAAUUUAUGUCUCUCACUUUAAGUCAAAAGCUAGAAAUGAUUAAGCUUAGUGAAGAAGUUAGGUUUUCAAAAACUGAGAUAGGCUAAAAGUGAAGCCCCUGUGCCAAAUAGCCAAGUUGUGAAUGCAAAGGAAAAGUUCUUAAAGGAAAUUUAAAGUUUACUCCAGUGAACACAUGAGUGAAAAGAAAGUGGAACAGCCUUAUUGCUGAUGGGGAGAAAGUUUUAGUGGUCCAGACAGAAGAUCAAACCAGGUGUAACAUUCUAAGCCAAAUCCUAAUCCAGAGUAGGGCUCUAACUCAGAGAGAAUUCUCUGAAGGCUGAGAGAGGUAAGAAAGUUACAGAAAAGUUUGAAGCUAGCAGUGGUUGAUUCACGGGGUUUAAGGAAAGAAGACAUCUUCAUCACAUAAAAGUGCAAGGUGAAACAACAAGUGCUGAAGUAGAAGCUGCAGUAAGUUGUCUAGAAGAUCUAGCUAAGACCAUUGGUGAAGGUGGCUAAACAACAGAUUUUUAAUGUAGACAAAACAGCCUUCUAUUGAAAGAAGAUGCCUCCCAGCACUUUGGGAGGCUGAGGCAGGUGGAUCACGAGGUCAAGAGAUGGAGACCAUCCUGGUCAACAUGGUGAAACCCUGUCUCUACUAAAAAUAAAAAAAAUUAGCUGGGCAUGGUGACGCAUGCCUGUAAUCCCACCUACUCAGGAGGCUGAGACAGGAGAAUUGCCUGAACCCAGGAGGCGGAGGUUGCAGUAAGCUGAGAUUGUGCCAUUGCACUCUAGCUUGGGUAACAAGAGCAAAACUCCAUCUCAAAAAAAAAAAAAAAAAGAAGAUGCCAUCUAGGACUUUUAUAGUUAGAGAGGAGAAAUCAGUGACCAGCUUUAAUGCUUGACAGGCUGACUCUCUUGUUAGGGACCAGUGCAGCUAGAGACUUAAGUUGAAAAUGCUAAUUUGCCAUUUUCUAAAUGGUAAGAAUUUACACAUUUAGAGUUAUGCUAUAUCUACUUUGCCUAUAUACUGUUAAUGGAACAACAAAGUCUGGAUGACAGCACGCCUGUUUAUAACAUGGUUUCUUGAAUAUUUUAAGCUCACUGUUGAGACCUACUGCUCAGAAAAAAAAAUCCUUUCAAAAUAUUGCUGCUUAUUGACAAUGUGCCUAGUCACCCAAGAGCUCUGAUGGAGAUGUACAAGGAAAUUAAUGUUUUUUUUCAUGACUACAACACAGGAUCCAUUCUGCAGCCCAUGGAUCAAGGAGUAAUUUUGAUUUUUCAAGUCUUAUUACUCAAGAAACACAUUUUGUAAGGCUAUAGCUGCCAUAGAUAGUGAUUCCUCUGAUGGAUUUAGGAAAAGUAAAUUGAAAAUUUUCUGAAAAGGAUUCACAAUUCUAGAUGGAUGCCAUUAAGGACAUUCAUGAUUCAUGGGAGGAGAUCAUAAUAUCAACAUUAAUGAGAAGCUGAUUCCAGUCCUCCUGAAUGAUGUUGAGAGGUUUAAGACUUCAAUGGAGGAAACCACUGCAGAUGUGGUAGAGAUAACCAGAGAACUAGAAUUAGAACUGAAGCCUGAAGAUGUGACUGAAUUGCUGCAACAUUAUGAUAAAACUUUAACAGAUGAGGAAUUACUUCUUUUGUAUGAGAGAUAAAAUGGUCUUCUGAGAUGAAAUCUACUGAAAAUACCAUGAAUAUUGUUGAAACGAUAACAAAAGAUUUAAGAUAUUACAUAAACUUAGUUAAUAAAGCAAAGCAAUGGCAGGGUUUGAGAGAGUUGACUCCAGUUUUGAAAGAAGGUCUGCUAUGGGUAAAAUGCUAUCAAACAGCCUGGCAUGCUACAGAGAUAUCUUUUUGUAGAAGGAAGAGUCAAUUGAUGCAACCAACUUCAUGGUUGAAAUUUCAUUUUAAGAAAUUGCUGGCUGGGUGCAGGUGGCUCUUGCUUGUAAUCCCUGUGUUUUGGGAGGCUGAGACAGGCAGAUCACUUGAGGUCAGGAGUUGGAGACCAGCCUGGCCAACAUGGUGAAACUUUGUCUUUAUUAAAAAUACAAUAAAAAUUACUUGGGCCUGGUGGUAGGUGCCUGUAAUCCCAGCUACUUGGGAGACUGAGGCACGAGAAUUGCUUGAAUCCAGGAGGCGGAUGUUGCAGUGAGCCAAGAUCACUCCAGUGUAAUGCAGCCUGAGUGAUAGAGCAAGACUCAGUCUAAAAAAAAGAAAUUGCCACAGACUCCCCAACCACCCACCCUGAUCAGUCAGCAGCCAUCAACAUCAAGGCAACACCUUUCACCAGCAAAAAGAUUACAAUUUGCUGAAGGCUCAUAUAAUCAAUAACACUUUUUAGCAAUAAAGUAGUUUUAAAUUAUGUACAUUUUAAAAACAAUACUAAAAGUGAAAAAAAAAAUAAAAAACAUAAUGCUAUUGCCCGCUUAAUAGACUACUAUAUAAUACAAAUAACUUAUAUGCACUGGGAAACCAGAAAAUUUACAUGACUCACUUUAUUGUACAAUUUGCUUUAUUCUGGUGGUCUGGAACCAAAUCUGCCAUAUCUACAAGGUAUACCUGCACCCAAAUAUUACAAUAAUUAUGGCACUUUUCCUUGGAAAGGUUUCCUUGGCAAAGAUUUGCUUCUGGAAGUAGACAUGAGAAGGGUUGCCUGUUGUGAGUUACUGUGAAGUGGGGAGAUGGUUGUUGGAAAUCUGAGGGAAAAUGAAUGGCUCAUGACACAUAGUAAACUGAGGUAGCUGGGAGUGGAUAUUUUUAAAAACAGUAUUGAGAUAUAAUUUACAUACACAUCACCUAUUUAAAAUAUACAUUUCAGUGGUUUUUUCCAACCA